UGCCGCCGCGCCGCCACCAUUGUCGCUGCAACCAUCCACUACCAUAUGGAGCAAGAAGGAAGAAAAAGUUUGCUGGGUAGAAGAAGUAAACUAACCCUGUUUUUAGUCCAAUCACAUUUUUGGUGGAGGCGGCAACGACAACAAACCUGCCGAGGAUCCGCUUCAGCCACACCCGGUGAAAGAGCAGCUACCCGGAAUUCAAUAUUGCAUCAACAGUCCUCCUCCAUGGCGUUCGCUCACUUUCUGAUACUUAUUUCACUUUUCCCCUUUUGUUAUUUUGUUUGGAUCUUUAUUGAUGGUCAAUUCUUUCUAUGAUUUUAUUUCAGCGGAGGCUUUUGUGUUGGGUUUCCAGCACUAUAUCCUGACUCUUGGUUUCAGUGUUCUGAUUCCUAGUUUGAUUGUUCCUCAAAUGGGUGGAGACGAUGCUGAGAAGGCCAAGGUGAUUCAGAACUUGUUAUUUGUUUCGGGAUUGAACACUUUGUUUCAGUCCUUAUUUGGGACUCGGCUGCCGGUGGUGGUCACCGGUUCAUACUCCUAUGUCAUUCCUACCAUUUCUAUUGUUUUGGCCAAGAGAUAUGCUUCCUUUGAAAAUCCUCAUGAGAGAUUCAAUGAGACCAUGCGAGGAAUACAAGGAGCUCUCAUAGUGGCUUCGUGUUUUCAAAUGGUUAUGGGUUUCGUGGGCCUUUGGAGAAAUACUGUGAGAUUUCUCAGCCCUCUUUCUGUGGUUCCGUGUGUAACUUUCACUGGGCUUGGUCUGUAUCAUCUUGGCUUUCCCAUGCUGGCAAAAUGUGUAGAAAUUGGACUUCCGGGACUAAUUGUUGUAGUUUUCAUCUCACAGUAUCUUCCUCAUUUAUUGAAAACGAAAAAGCCAAUAUCCGAUCGAUUUGCAGUGUUGUUUUCAGUUGCAAUCAUCUGGUUAUAUGCACAACUCCUAACUUCAAGUACUGUUUAUAAUCACAAACCCAAAAUUACUCAGAGAAGUUGUCGCACUGACCAGGCUGGACUUUUGAGCUCUGCUCGUUGGUUUUACUUUCCCUAUCCAUUUCAAUGGGGAAGCCCCACUUUCAAUACUGGAGAAGCCUUUGCAAUGAUGGCUGCUUCUGUCGUCUCUCUUUUUGAGAGUACGGGAACAUUUUUUGCCACAUCAAGAUAUGGCAGUGCAACACCGGUGCCUCCAUCCGUUAUAAGCCGUGGUAGUGUUUGGCUGGGAGUAGGAGGUUUGCUCAAUGGCAUGUUUGGCUCCAUCACUGGCACUUGUGCAUCUGUGGAAAAUGCUGGUCUAUUAGCUUUGACAAGAGUUGGUAGCAGAAGGGUCAUCCAAAUAUCAGCUGGCUUCAUGAUUUUCUUCUCUUUAUUUGGGAAAUUCGGAGCACUUUUCGCUUCUAUUCCUCUUCCAAUUAUCGCAGCCUUGUAUUGUGUCUUUUUCGGCUAUGUCUCUUCUGCUGGGCUUGGUUUUCUCCAAUUCUGUAACUUGAACAGUUUCAGAACGAAAUUCAUCUUGGGGUCCUCCUUCUUUUUGGGUUUGUCAAUACCACAAUACUUCAGAGAAUAUUAUCGUCAAGUUUUGAAGUCAGAGCACAACUACUCAGGCCAUGGAUGGCUUAAUGACGUGAUCGUUGUGAUCUUCAUGUCUCACGCAACGGUGGCAUCUUUGGUUGCUCUAAUUCUGGACUGCACACUUUCCCGAGAAAACGAUGCGACUCGAAAAGACAGUGGCUUGCAUUGGUGGGAGAAGUUUUCCUUGUACAGUUCAGAUGUAAGAAAUGAUGAAUUCUAUGCAUUACCAUUCUGUUUGAAUAAGCUAUUCCCAUCUCUUUAAGGCCUCCAAAAUGUCUUAGAUUGCAAGAAUUAGUAUUUUCAUCCUUGUACUGUACUGCUGAGGAAGUUGAUCAUUUUUUCAUUAAAAAAUUUAGAAAAGAUUGGUUUAUGAUCUGCUGAGUUGUAAUCAACUUGUCAAACGGAACUG